CCCACUCCUCCCCGCUGCCUGCGCUCAGACCCUGGACAUCCCGGCCCCUGCCCAGCGCCCCCGGUGGCCGCACCGCACUCCCGGCGCUCCGCCUCUCAUUGUCCUGUCCUGUGCUGUCCCCUCUUCUACGUCUCCUCUGCCCAUCCUCCCAUUUCUCACGAAUCUGUCCGGGACCCUGUCUCCUUCGGCCACCAACCCUCCUGCCAUCGCUCCUCCUUCUCCUCUUCUCCCUCUUCCCUCCCUCAGCCUCCUGCGCCGCCUACCCCGCCCCCAGCCUCGCUGCCCUUUGGCUCCUCCUGCCCCGCAUCCUUAUCCCGGCCCUCAGCCCCAUCUGCCUGCAGUGGCUGCCUUUGCUCCCGAGAAGGCCCAACUUACGUGACUGGUCCUCCAGGAAGCGUUUUCUCAUCUCUCACCCUAAGUGAGCUCUCCUGCCUUGGCAGUGCCUACCCACAGACCCCAUUUUUGGCACUCAACACCCUCCUCUGUGGGCAGCCAUGAACUCCAGCCGCCCGGAGCCGGGUCCCCAGGCACCCCUGAGCCCCCGCCUUCAGCCCUUAUCCCAGAGCUCUUCCAGCCUGCUGGGUGAAGGCCGGGGACAGAGGCCAGAGCUUCGCAAGAGGGCCAGCAGCACUGUGUGGCAGGCCCAGCUGGGCGAGGCCAGUGCCAGAUCCCGGGCCCCGGAGGAAGAGGGGGACCUGCCUGAGAGUAUGGAGCCGGCACGGGCCUCUGGCCCUGAGGCACGACCCAGUGCUGGAGGCCACUGGCGGAGCAGCACUGUGGGCAAUGUGUCCACCAUGGGCGGUGGUGACCUGUGUCGCCUGCGGGCCCCCAGUGCAGCCGCUAUGCAGAGGAGCCACUCGGACCUGGUCCGUAGCACCCAGAUGCGGGGACACAGUGGUGCCCGGAAGGCCAGUCUCAGCUGCUCAGCCCUCGGCAGCUCCCCCAUCCAUAGGGCUCAGCUGCAGCCAGGUGGUACUUCUGGCCAGGGUGGCCAGGCCCCUGCAGGCCUGGCAAGAGACCUGGCUCCUGAGGAUGGGACAUCGAACUCAGCCUGGAUGCUGGGGGCAAGUCAGUUGUCAGUGCCACCACUAGACCCUGGGGACACAACUGCCCACAGCAGCAGUACCCAGGCUGACCCCAAAGCCCCCAAACAGCCAGCUACCACCACCUGCCAUGCUCUGCCCCCAGCUGCUCUACUCUGUGACAUGAGGGAGGCAGGGGCUGGUGGCUGCUGCCAUGCCCUGCCUGCCACCGGGAUCCUGGCCUUUCCCAAACUAGUGGCGUCAGUGAGCGAGUCUGGGCUACAGGCUCGGCACGGGGUGAAAAUCCACUGUAGGUUGUCUGGGGGGCUCCCUGGGCACUCCCAUUGCUGUGCCCACCCUUGGGGUCCCACCAGCUUAGUCCCAGAGCCUGGCUCUAGGACCAAAGAUGUGUGGACCAUGACCUCAGCCAGUGACUUGGCCCCUGCAGAGGCAUCCCCACUGUCAGCCCAGGAUGCGGGUGUGCAGGUGGCCCCAGUGGCAGCCUGCAAGGCUGUGGCCACCAGUCCAUCCCUGGAAGCGCCUGUGGCCCUGCACGUGUUCCCAGAGGUAACUCUGGGGUCCAGCCUGGAGGAGUCAUCGUCCCCUGUGCGGGAUGUGCGAUGGGAUGCUGAGGGCAUGACAUGGGAGGUGUACGGAGCUGCGGUGGACCCGGAGGUGCUCGGCGUGGCCAUCCAGAAGCACCUCGAGAUGCAGUUUGAGCAGCUGCAGCGGGCGCCCACCAGCGAAGACAGCCUGUCGGUGGAGGGCCGGAGGGGCCCACUGCGGGCUGUCAUGCAGUCCCUGCGGCGCCCCAGCUGCUGUGGCUGCUCCAGUGCGGCCCCCGAGUGAAGAGCUGCGGCCCCCGGAGCAGGCCUGGGCCCAUGGACUUGGUCCUAAACCUGGGCCAGGGAUGGUGGGGCCUCCAUGCCCCCUGGACCCACCGGCAGCCGGGCACGUCUGUCACCUGAACGUCAGCUGUCUCCAGACCACAGGACUGCAGCCUGGGCUUCCUGCACCAUGCAGCUGGGCUGUUUUAUUAAGGGCUUGAUUUUCAAGGGCCACAUCUCUAUACCUUCUGGUCUCUGAACUUUGAGACAGGGAUUCAGCACCGUGCAUAGGGGAGAUCCUGAGUUUUCCGUAAAAGACCUUUUGUUCACUCCA